GUCGCGAUCUACCUGCUGCCCGGCGAUCCCCCUCACUCUUGAACUGUCCCCUAAAACCACACUUCUCUGUCCUGCUCGGUGACUUCGCCGUUUACUUACUUCCUGCUGACCCCACAUUUUCCUGUACUGCCUGCUAAAAGCCUUACCACAUUCUCUCUGGACUGUCCUCUGAUCCCACUCUUUAUUUUACUACCUGCAGACCCUACAUUUCACUCUACUGCCCUCUGGACCCCCCCCCUCAUUUCCCCUCACCAUAGAACACCCCUCUUGCCUAUCGAGGUCACUCCAGGCUCAGGCUCGUGGUAGCCAUGAAGGCAGUUGGAGGUGUCACAGGCCCAUGGGGCCCCCUCGGCCUCUGGCACCAGAAGCUUCCCAUGCCCACGGACAUCCCUGGGUGUCUGGAAGUUUCCGCACCAGCGUCUUGCCCUUGGACUCCUCGAACCAUCCUGUCCUCACUGGGCGUGUCUUUGCAGAGUUUGACUACGGGAAGGGGAAAGGAACCCCACCAGGAGCCCUGGGCAACAUGCCCACGCAUUUCGGAGACAAACUGGAAGGUCUGGAGGAGGCGAACCCCUUCUCCUUCAAGGAGUUUCUGAAGACCAAGAACCGUGGCCUGCUCGACUCCGAUUCAGACACCAGGGCCUAUUCUAAGGGUGUCCCCGGGCAUGCCCUAGGUCUCGACCUCGACUCCCCGCCUUCCCAAGCUGCUGGCUAUGGCCUGGAGUACCAGCAGCAGUUUUUUGAGGAUUUGACAGGGGCUGGCGACCUCCUGGCUGAGGAUGAUGAAGAUGAUGAGGAGGAUGUCUGGGGUGGGGCCUAUCUGCCAGCUGCUCUGGAGCAGGCCCGGUCUGUGCGCGUAACCAGUAGCAGUGCCCCCCGCAGCGACUUUGUGUCCUUCCUGUCCACCCCAUCCGAGCUGGCUGUUGGGCCUGAGUCUCUGCCCUCCUGGACUCUGGGGGACUCUACUGCGGGCAUCUCCCCUUCGGGGAGCCCUGAUACUGACUUCACCGCCUCCCCAGAGUGCCUGGGCGACCGGCAUUUACGGGCACUGCACAUCAGCUACGAGACACUCAAAGAGGAAAAUGCCAAGCUCAGAAGGAAGCUGACUGAGAUCCAGAGUUUCUCUGAGACACAAACAGAAAUGGUGAGGACGCUGGAGCGGAAGCUGGAGGCCAAGAUGGUGAAGGAGGAGAGUGACUACCAUGACUUGGAGACUAUGGUCCAGCAGGUGGAACAGAACCUGGAGCUGAUGACGAAACGGGCCAUGAAAGCUGAAAACCAGGUGCUGAAACUGAAGCAGGAGAUGAGUUUGCUCCAGAUACAGAUCUCUAACCUCAAACUGGAGAAUGAGGCUCUGCACUCAGGCGAGGGUGCCAGCUUGGCAGUGGUGAAGCAGAACACAGAUACAGCAUUGCGGAGCCUCCACCUGGUCAUGGACAACGCGCACACCUCCAUCAAGCAGCUGAUAUCUGGAGCUGAAAAGUUGAAUCUUGUUGCUGAAAUCCUGAAAUCCAUAGACAAGAUUUCUGAGAUUAAAGAUGAAGAGAACGAGGAGGAGGAGGAGGAAGAGGAAUGUUGAUUAUGUUACUGGCUUGGAGCCCUUCCCUCUGGGGCAUGCCUUACCAGCUGCAAAGCACCGGCUCUUUCUGCCAUCUUCACCCAUAGUAAAAGUUUCUCCUGAA